AUGUCUUUACGACAAAAACACCGUCUGUCCUUCUGUUAUUGUAACAUGGGUACCAUGCGGCGCUUCUUUGGUCGUCGUCGAAAACCUCCCCCUGAAACUUACCAGGAACCCGCUGUGGUGAGGCCCAAUCCAGAGGAAGAACUUAGGAGUCUCCGGAGAAGGCUAGUACAGUCUUUUGUCACCAGCGCCCUUCCUAGCGGCAAGGAAUUCCUCCCAGUCACAGAAAUCGAUAAAUUGGUCAACUAUGCAACCAUUCGGCUGGUGCUUCCAGAAAAGGCUUCGACUGAUGUGAUUGAUUUUGUUUGCGGUCACGGAAAGACACUGUUUCUUAUUCUAGUGGUUGGCAAUGAGGCUUCUCCAAAUGACCUGUUGGCUAUCAUGGAGAGUUGCCGGAAACACAGCAUGACAGACGAACACCUCCCGGUGGACCGUAUACCCUGCGUCGGGGGAAAGUUACCAUGCCAUCAACGCGUUGCCCACCACCAGGCAUGGGACGUAUUUCAUGACAAACUCUGGGCGCACAUAUCGUUUCGAUUCUUUCAGGACCAAGCAAUGUUCACAGCACCUGUUAUUCUGAAAGACAAGUUCACAUACGAGCUGAAGGAAGGAUGUGUGCUCCCAAUCACCUGGAAAGCCCAGAAGCCUCAUAUUGGCCAUUUCAGUACGGUCUACGAGGCAGAAAUUCACCAUGCCCAUCACCAAGACGACAGAUACUUCGGAAAGUCGCUCAAGGUUGCAUUGAAACAGCUGAAACCACUAACUUCGGAACCUGGAUACAAUGUGGAAACGGCUUGGAACCACGAGACCUCUGCCUUGGAAGAGAUAAACAAGCUGCAUCAUAAACAUCUCAUCCGCCCAUUAGCCGCCUUGCGAUGUGGUCCGGAGCACUACAUCAUGUUUGAGUGGGCAGACGGAGGCAGUCUUCGAGAGCUCUGGGAAAACCAAGGCCCAGAGCCGAAAGACCUUGACCCUGAUCGAAUCAUGUCAGUCAUUGAAGAGGUUCUCGGCAUAGUCAGUGCCCUUUCAACCCUCCACGGCACAAACAACAGGACCAAGACUGGCAACGUGGUCCGACGGGCAGCAGAUCUGGCAGGUAUGGCAGCUGGUGAAAGAUUGACCGUACCUGUUCCGCAUUCGGUCAAACCGCGAGAGGGGGAAACAAAAGAUUACAGCCCCAUCACAACCCCCGAUACAUCCAAGUCCCCGAGAAAUGUACCCGAGAUUCACGUUCGAUUCGUUGAACCAUCAGACGACGAAGUUUCUUUUAGAAGCGAAGACCCUAACCGAUCUUAUGUGAGCGAGGAGAGCGAUGCAAGCAGCGAUGAACAUUGGCGACAUGGCGAUCUGAAGCCAGAGAAUAUUUUACAGUUCAACCAGUCACAGACCAACGAUUCCCGUUGGCUGGGAACGUUGAAAAUUGCCGACCUUGGCCUGGCCAAGCAGCACGUCUUUGCCACCGCUCGAAGAAAGGACAUGACAAACCAGAAAUUCACGACAUCUCAUUACGAGGCUCCCGAAGCUGUCGCCAAUCUACAUCUCCCAAGGUCACGCCGCUUCGAUAUCUGGUCUAUCGGUUGCGUUAUUCUCGAAUUCGUCAUCAUCAUUUUGUACGGGAACGAUGGGUUGGCGAGCUUCUAUGACCAACAUAAAAUCCGCGAGAACCCGCACACAGACACCCUUUACUUCACAGUGGACCGAAAUGUUGCCCGAGUGAGUGACAUUGCGAGUCAUUGGAUCGCUGAGAUUUUGAAUGAUCCAGAAUGCAACCGGGCCGGUGGUUCGGCACUCGCAGAUAUCGUUCGACUUGUUAGGGACAGACUUCUUGUUGUUGAGUUACCCAGUGAAAACAUGGUGCCUAGCCAGAUUAGCAGAUGCCGAGCUGAUGCUGGCGAGCUGAAGGAAAAGUUGGAAGCUAUUUGGGGAAAGGCCAUACAUGAUGAGUCUCAGGGAGGCGAUUACCUUUGCUUUAGGAAAGACCGAGCAAACAUUGCACCACCAGCACCCCUCCAAGUAAUGAAGCCCAAGAGAACAGCAGCAAAAAGCCGACUAGGGGAUGAGCUUCCCAAAACACAGCCGAAUCUUGUAUGA